UCGGUGGGGUGGGGGGCGGGCGGAGGCCCGUGAUCUCCCAAGAGCAGAGUGUAAAGUGCGCAAGCUCUGGAUUCACACUAGGUUGUACUUACGCUGUUUUUGCGUUAUAGGUGUGACCUGCAAAUGUGACUUCACCCUUUGAAGCCUCAGUUUUGUGAUCUGUAAAAUGGACCAAAUCGAAGCUGCUUUACAGUGCUGUCGAGAGGGGUAAACGAGACAAUGCUUGUAACGCUCUUUGCACGAGAGAGCCUUGGAGGCGGGGCCUGGCGGACAGGGCACACCUGCUGCGACCCAGGACCACGGGCAGCAUGAAGACCCCCGUGGAGCUGGCCCUCAGCGGGAUGCAGACCCUCCGCCUUCAACCCCGCUGCCGGGGCGGCUACCGGGUCCAGGCCAGGGCGUCGUACGUGGACGAGACUCUGUUUGGCAGCCCCGCAGGCACCCGCGCCCCCCCACCUGACUUUGACCCACCCUGGGUGGAGAAGGCUAACAGAACCGGAGGAGUGGGCACAGGGGCAUCGCAGACCUCGGGGGCCCCGGGGACCUGUGAGACCACGCUCUCCAGGAGCAGCACGCCGACCCUCACGCCAAGGAAGAAGAACAAAUACAGACUGAUCAGCCACACUCCGUCUUACUGUGACGAGUCGCUGUUUGGCUCCCGACCUGAGGGUGCCAGCCGGGAGUCCCCGUGGAUGGCCAAGGGGGAUGCUGCGAAACUCCGUGCCCUCUUCUGGACGCCGCCGGCCACCCCCAGGGAUGGCCACUCGCCCCGCGCCAGGGAGACCCCGCUGCGAGCCGUUCACCCGCCUGGUCCCUUGAAGGCAGAGCCCAGGGUGGCAGCAGACCCCAGGAAGCUGUCCGUGGACGCCUUAGACUCGCCACGGCCUCUGAGGCGGGGACGUUCCCAUUCCCUCUCCCACCUGAAUGUCCCCGGCACUGGCCACCCAGCCACCAGUGCCCCCCACACAAAUGGGCCUCAGGGUCCCGGGCCUUCCACAUCAGGGGUGACCUUGCGGAGCCCCCUGGUAACGCCCAGGGCUGGCUCAGUCAGCAUGUCAGUCCCAGCUACCCCCCGGCGAGGUGGGGCUACCCAGAAGCCAAAGCCACCUUGGAAAUGAGGUUUUUUCAUCAGGGUUGCCCCUGGCCAGGGUCUUCAGUGUCCCCUGGGUAACCCCAGGCAUCGGAGAAGCCCCCACGAGGGCAGAUGCAGCGGGGACGGGCAGUGCCUCUCUUUAUCCUGACAAUCUCUAGUUGCUCCCCGCCUUUUCCCCCAGUGUGGUUUUGGGGGCCACCCCUUCAGAUGCCUCUCUGCAGCCCUGUCUCAGCCACCUUCCAAAUUAGUGCCAACCCAGGGGCCCUCCAGCUCGCCUCAUGUCUCGCUACCCAGCGUGAGAAGAGUGAGAUGACAACCUGGAGGGUCCCUUCCUCUCCCUUCGAGCCAAGCUUCCUGCUCAGGAUUAGCUUCCGGCUGAGUCUGGAGGCCUCGGAGGAGUUCUCCCAGGCUCUGUGUGGCCCGUGGGGGAACACAGGGGCAUCUGGGAGAUACAUGGGUGAACAGUUUCUCAUUUUAAUCAUCAUGUAUUUAUUUUCAUGUAUUAAAUAUAUCAGUAGCUCAUCAAAGCCA